AUGGCCCCUGCAAAGAAGGGUGGUGAGAAGAAGAAAGGCCGUUCUGCCAUCAACGAAGUGGUGACCAGAGAGUACACGAUCAACAUUCACAAGCGCAUCCAUGGAGUGGGAUUUAAGAAGCAGCUGACAGUAGAGAGAAUGUCAUCGCUCCUGACCCUGGCACUGUUGGUGGCUGGGCUCUGCCCUGUUGUCUUGUGUUCAAACAGCACACUCACUCAGGAGAAUCAAGUCAGUGACAACGAGACCCACCUGAACCUGACCCUGGCCUUCAACAACGCCGACUUCACCUUCAGCCUCUACAAGCAGUUGACUUUAAAGAAACCCAGCAACAACAUCGUCUUCUCACCAUUGAGUGUCUCUACAGCCUUGGCUUUUGUGGCUCUGGGGGCCAGAAACACGACCCUGAGAGAGAUUCUCCAAGGCCUGAAGUUCAACCUCAGAGAGACCUCUGAGACUCAAAUCCACCAGAGCUUCCAGCACCUUCUGAACACCUUCAACCACACAGGUGACAAGAUGAACCUGAGUCUGGGCAAUGCCUUGUUCCUAGAAGAGAGCCUGAUGCUGCUGGAGAAGUUCAAGGAGGACGCCCAGGAGCUGUACAGAGCUGACAUCAUCCCUGUCAACUUCCACAACACCUCUGCUGCUGUGAGACUCAUCAAUGACUACGUGGACCACAAAACCCAUGGGGAAAUCAUGGACUUCAUCAGUGGCCUUGACCCUGACACUCUCAUGAUCCUGGUAAACUACUUCUUCUUUAAAGCCAAAUGGAAGAAACCCUUUGACUCUCGAAACACGUACAACUCCACGUUCCACGUGAGCAACGCGAAGUCUGUGGAUGUGCCCAUGAUGAAAAUUUUGGACCUGUUUAUACCUUACUUCCGGGAUGAGCAGCUCUCCUGCACAGUGGUGGAACUGAAAUACACUGGUAACAGCAGCGCCCUCUUAAUCCUCCCAGAUGAGGGCAAAAUGGAAGAAGUGGAGGCCAGGUUAUGCCCAGAGACACUGAGAAGGUGGAAAGAGUCAAUCAAGGAAACUCUCAUAGACGAGCUUCAUCUGCCCAAGUUCUCCAUCUCCAGUCACUAUAAUCUGGAAGAGAUUCUUCCCCAGAUGGGUAUAAAGGAAGUCUUCACUUCCCUGGCUGACCUCUCAGGAAUCACAGGAGCCAAGAACGUGAUGAUUUCCCAGGUGGUGCACAAGGCUCUGAUUGAUGUCACGGAACAGGGCACAGAAGCAGGUGCUGCCACAGCCGUGAAGUCCAUGAAAUUAAGCCCUAAAGAAAGUAAAUUAAACAUUUUGCAUUUCAAUGUACCUUUCCUGUAUAUCAUCAUCUCUGAAGACAAAGGGACCAUCUACUUCAUGGGCAAAGUCUUCAACCCAGAAGAAGCUAAGACGGUCCUUAAGAGUGAUGGAGCCCCACUCAGCAAGAAUGAAACCAGCCAGCAUUCUGUCUGA